AUGCGACCCCAUGCCGCACAAAUCGUCGAUGCCUCCCUUACAGCCUUCCCCUCCUCCCCUUCCCCGGAAUCCUGGGACAGAUGGAAGCUCGACCUCACCCUUAGCUUUAAAAGAUUCUCCAACCUGGAAAGGCGUCGUGUCGAUGGCACGAUCGCGCACCUAGAGCGCACCAUUGGCUCUCUACAAUCACAAGCUGCAUACACGUCCUUGGACCAGAACGAUUCUUCUCGCCUCAGCAAAGCACAACUCCACUUGGCCAGAUACGAAGCCUCGAAAGCCUCCGAGAUUGCGCUUAAGGCCAAAUUGAAAGUGGAAGGGCAUAGAGAAAUGGGUGUCUCCUCCCUCCUCUCCGGACUCAACUCGCGAAUCAAAGGCUCGAUCAUCAACUCCUUGACCCUACCUAACGGGCAGACGACCUCGGACCUGGCCACCAUGACUAGUAUGUGCUCUAACUUCUUCCGGACACUCUAUAGCGGGAGCAACCAAGUCACCCCUAACCCUUCUUUCUGGCAGCAUAUCCCUUCCUCAUCCAUCCCAAACCCCUUAUUCCUCCAGCUUAGCGCUCCCCUUUCCCUAUCCGAAAUCGGAAAAGCACUCCUCUCUCUUUCACGAGGGAAAACCCCAGGCCCAGACGGUCUCCCAGGGGAGCUCUUUCGACAAUUCUCCCCGCGCUUCGCACCGGCCUUCCACUCCCUACUCUCACCACCACAGCCACUCUCCUGCCUCCCUCCGUCCAUGUUGACCGGACGAACGGUCCUUAUCCCCAAAAGGGGGGAUUCUUCGCUAGUGGAAAAUCUCCGCCCCAUUACCCUAAUGAACGCGGAUUACAAGGUACUCGCGCUAUGCCUUGCUAACCGUCUUCAGCUCGUCCUCCCCCAACUCAUCCACCCAUCCCAAACUGCCUUCAUCAAACACAGGAAAAUCGGUGAUACCAUUAACGAUACCUUGGACAUCAUGGACUGGGCGACCUAUUCCUCGUCGCCCCUUCUCGCUCUCACUGUGGACUUUCGCAAAGCAUACGACCUCGUCGACAGGCCUUUCCUCCUCCACGCCUUAUCAGUUCUGGGACUCCCCACAUCCUUCAUCCACUGGGUUCGAUUAAUGCAUUCCAACACGUGUACACGUAUCUCGGUUAAUAACAUGCUCGGCCCCACCUUCCCCGUCCGCACUGGUGUCCGUCAGGGCUGCCCACUGGCUCCCCUGCUCUUCGUUUGCAUCAUGGAGAUCUUUCACCGCUACACGUCCCUCUUCCUUCCUGGCUUCGCCUUCUCCCACGCACAGCGCCGUCUUAUGGCGUGCUAUGCAGACGACGUCACUCUCUUCCUCACCUCAGAUACAGAGCUCGGACUUGCUGUAGUGCUGCUCGGUGUCUUUGGAUCGGUCUCCGGAGAAAUCCCCAACUGGAGCAAAUGCUCCAUAAUUCUAUUCAAUAUUCCCCCUACUGACCUCGUGCACGCCGGGAGCAUACCUAUCCGAGCUCCCAAUGAGGCAGAACGCAUCCUCGGAAUUUACGUUGAGCGCCUACACCCUGGCUCCACCACCUGGAACAAGGCUCUCGCCCGCAUACAAAGCACCGCCAAGUGUCUAGCAGCACUACACGCCACUGUCACGUGUCGCAAAUCCCUCUCCUUUCUAAACUCUGUCAUCUCCUUUCCCGGACGCUUUCAACCCGCCCCUUCAGACACAAUCAAGCACCUAGACGUGUCAGUUGGGAACUUCCUUUCAUCCUCGAAACACAAGCUAGACGGCCUCGCACAACGCCUCAUUUCCAAGGCCCUCCUGUACAAUUCCCUCCAAGACGGCGGGGUCGGGGCGAUUGCCCCGUCUAUACAAGUCAAAGCCCUGGCUAUUCAGCGCGCCCUGCGCAGAUUCGGACCAACCCCCUCUGAGGAAGUAGCACGUACCCUGACCCCGUUCCCCUUCGGGCUACAUGGACUACUCUCCCAUAAAGCCAUCCUCGAACGAGAUUUGCUCCCUACAUUCAUCCCCCCGCGGGCACUGGACGAACUUAAAGCCCUCCUCUCUCUCCCCUUGGUCAUUCAUAAGCCCCCCCUACGCAUGCAGUGCAUCCUCACCGAACCUAUCGCCUUCAACCGCUUUCUCCUCAAACCCGACGAACGGCCUUUUGGCACCCGCCAACACGAACGCUUCCUUCUUACAAGGCAGCUCCGCAUCGGACACCUUGUCCGUAUCACCAAUUUUGAUGUCAGCCCCGUCUCUGCAGACGAGUUUUGCUCCCAAAUCCCGGAGGAGUUCCAUGAAGACGCAACACGCAUCCUCCCAGACCUUAUCAAGGCUAUCAAACCUCCCUGGUGGGCCGCCCUCCGAACCCCACAUGCCUCUUAUGCCUCUCCAGGUGAAUGGUUCAUGCUUUCAGACGACCACUAUUCCAUCUCUCAUCUCGCCCUCCAAGUCGUCGCUUACAUUCCCCCUGCCUCCGUUUCGGCCACUGUCCACUCCGUCUCGCCAAAUUGUCGCAUCGCCCGCAACCCAACAAACACCGGACUCUUCCGUUUACAAGACCUCAUCGAGGUGCACGUCAGGGAUUGGUGGCUCGCAGGGCCACUUCACACAGGGGCAGGGUUAGGAGCUAGGAUUGGACUUCUACAGGACGGCACCCCCAGCAUCGCCGACAUCCGCCGUCUCCUCUACUCAGCACAACCGCUAACUCACCACAGCCGAUGGACCCGCGAUCUCACCCUUCCUCCUCCUCCUCUCCCAGGCCUUAAGGACGCAUUUCUCAAGGACCAGCCGAGCCGUCAGCGGGACAUCCUUUUCAGACUCUUCACGCUCACCCUUCCCUCUGGAUCACGCUUCCAGUACUUUGACGAUCGAGGGCUAUGUUCCCCCACCGUCCUUCCUUGUCGGCGUCACACCCUGCCACACACGCUUCCCCUCGUCGACGUCGCCGUCCCCCACGCUUCCCCCCACCGUCGCCCGCGCUUCUUCCCGCUGUCGAUCACACUUCACUCCGUCGUUGACCACGCUCUUCCUCCCGUCACCCACGCUUCCCCCCACUGUCGCUUACGCUCCCACCCACCGUCGCUUUCACACUUUCCCCCACCGUCGCCCUCGCUUUCCGCCACCGUCGCUCACGCUUUCCCUUACCGCUGCUCACGCUCCCUCCUGCCUUCCCCCACGCUUCCCCACACCGUCGCUCGCGCCCUCCCCCACCUUCCCUCACGCUUCCCCGCACAUCACCCACGCUUUCCCCCACCGUCGCGCUCGCUUCCUCCCACCGUCGCCCACGCUUUCCCCCACCGUCGCGCUCGCUUCCUCCCACCGUCGCCCACGCUUUCCCCCACCGUCGCGCUCGCUUCCUCCCACCGUCGCCCACGCUUUCCCCCACCGUCGCCCACGCUUCAUCUCACCGUCGCCCACGCUUCCUCUCACCGUCGCCCACGCUUUCCCCCACCGUCGCCCACGCUUCCUCUCACCGUCGCCCACGCUUCCCCUCACUGUCGCCCAUGGCAGGUGGUGGUGCGGCUUUGGAGCAGAGUGUUGGGCGCACAGCCAGGGCAGCGCGUGCAGGCGGGCAGCAAGGAGUGCAGUGCUGCAGGGGGCUGUCGUCCUCCUCUCCCUCUCUCUUCCUCCCUUCCUCCAUCUAUCCCACACUCUCUGCCUCACUACCCUCUUUCCCCUUUCUGUUGCCCGUUCUCCCUCCCUUCCUCCCGCCCUCCCUUCCUGCCAUUCUCCCUCUCCUCAUCCUCCCUCGAUCCAGUCCCCCUUUCCCUUUCCAUCUCCCUCUCGCCCACUCCCUUCCUCACGCCAACCCUGCUCCUCCGUUCCACCCAUCCUCUCAUCCGCCCAUCCUCUCAUCCGCCCAUCCUCUCAUCCGCCCAUCCUCUCAUCCGCCCAUCCUCACUCCGUUGCUCUCACUGCCUCCCACUCUCCCUACACUCCCUCCCACCGUCACCCACGCUCCCCCCACACCCUUGUACCCUUCUUUCCUUCUCUCUGAUUCUCCCUUCUCCCCGUUCCUCCCUUAUACCCUGCCACACUUUUACCUCCCUCACUUUCUCCCAUCCGCCCUUCCUCCAAGCCUCCCUCCUCCCUACCACUCUUUCUUUCAUCCUCCUGCCUCUCCACCCUGCUGCCCUUUUUUUCAAGCUGCCAUCUUCCGAUAUUCCUAUCCUCCGCCUUUCUGUCUGA